GGUGACAGGUUAAAGUUCUGGAAGUGACAGCAGCAAGUGACAGUGGUGUUGUGACACUCCCCCUCCCUCACACAGGUCUCUCUACCCUUCCUUCCUCCUGGACACUCAUCACAGCGCAGAGCUGGGGACAAGCCAUCUCCUAGGACGAUGACAAGCUGACAGCCAUCAGUGGGACAGAUACUUCCUUCCAUGCAACUGGUUCUUCUACAAUCCGAUCUAGCCGAACGCAGAUGUGACAUCAUUACACACAAUGCAGGAAUAAUAGUCCUGCAUUCCAAGUGAGGAUACCAAUAUACCAAAGACCUGCUCACAAGCCAGAGCAUCUGAGAGAAGAGAUACAUUCUGCUUGAGAGCUUCUUCUUUUGAAAAACAAUAGACUCACUGGCCAGACCAGCAGGUGAAAAUAGCAGAAAAAAGCCUAAAAAAAGAAAAUUAAUGCAGCCAUCACAUCUAAAAAAAAUGGUGAUAAUGUACAUAUAGCAUAUAAGCUUGUGAAGGUUUGAAAAAAGUCUCAGGAUGGCAAACUGCAUAAGAACAACCAAAUUUUAACGUGUGGAUUCCUGCAUCAGAAAUGGGUUUAUAUCAGCAAGAACAGAGCUGCAGAAGACUUGCGAGAUGUGUAUUUGGGGCUUUAAGCAGAAUUAACAUAUAAAAAAAAAUCCCCACGGCAGAAGAUAUAAUGCAGAGGGCUGGUUUCAGGGAUUACCUGAAGCGUCCUCAAGCACAACUUCUUCUGGUGAACUCUCUAACAUGUGGUCUGGAAGUUUGUUUGGCAGCUGGGAUCUCCUUUGUGCCACCAUUGCUUCUUGAAGCUGGAGUGGAGGAAAAAUUCAUGACCAUGGUACUAGGUAUUGGCCCAAUUUGUGGUCUUUUCGUUGUACACCUGAUUGGUUCAGCCAGUGAUCGUUGGAACAGCAGAUAUGGCCGUCGCCGUCCGUUCAUCUGGCUUCUUUGCUUUGGAGUUAUGUUGAGUCUCAUUAUUAUCCCAUAUUCCACCUAUCUGGCCAGUUUAACCGGUCGCCAUCAUGCUGGCAUGGAGGUGGCCUUCCUAGUGUUCGGAAUCGUCCUUCUGGACUCCUGUGGACAAGUCUGUUUUACUCCUUUGGAAGCCUUACUGUCUGACCUUUUCCCAGAAGGAGAGGCUUGCAGGAAGGCAUUCUCAGUCUAUGCAUUAACAGUUGGAGUAGGUGCAUGCAUCGGUUAUUUAAUACCAUCUGUGGACUGGCGUGGCAGCUGGCUGGCACAGCAGUUAGGAGGGCAAGAACAAUGUCUGUUUACACUCCUAUUUAUUAUAUUUUCUGUAUGUGUAUUUGCUACAUUCUUUGUCUCAGAAGAGAUUUGGACAAAUUCAGUACAACAGGAUAUCUGUUUGGAGUACACAGGAUGGUGGGGAAGUUCCCUGAAAGGGUGUCAGCUUUGGCCAUACAAUCUUUCUCGUAUGUUUCUUGCAUUCAGAAGUACAUGUGCUUUGGUUCCACGAUUAAGGAGAUUUUGUUGCGGGGUGCCCAUUGCUCUGCGGCGCCUAUUUGUGGCACAACUAUGCUCUUGGAUGGGCCUUAUGACAUUUAUACUGUUUUAUACCGACUUUAUUGGAGAAGGCCUGUAUCAUGGUGUGCCAGCAGCAGAACCAGGCACAGAAGCUAGACUUCGUUACGAUGAAGGAGUCAGGAUGGGAAGUCUGGGCCUCUUUCUUCAGUCUGUGAUAUCAAUAGCCUUUUCGGCUUCUAUGGAUUACCUGGUUAGGACAUUUGGAACAAGAUUUGUCUACCUAGCUGGUGUCUCUUGUCUACCUGUUGCUGCAUUGGUCAUAUGCUUUUCUAGUAAUGUUAUCAUGGUAACCGCAUCAGCUGCCAUAACAGGAAUCCCAUUCUCUGUGCUUCAGAUCCUGCCCUAUACUCUCACUUCAUUAUAUCACCAUAACCGUCAGGUAAAAGUACAUAGAUACAGUGAAGCACAUGGAUACAACAAUAGAGAGGAAAGAAAGUCUGCAUUCACCAAAGAAGCAACAGACAGCAAUGGCGUUGCACUUUUCUCCUCGAAUCCUCCUUCCUUGUGUCUUGGUCCUUCCUGUGAUGGGCCUCUUACAGUUGGAGAAUCAGCUGCACCAAACCACGGGAUCUGCCUGGACAUAGCCAUACUUGACAGUGCCUGUCUGCUCUCACAGGUGGUCCCUUCUCUUCUCAUGGGUUUUAUUGUACAAAAGACACAAACAGUCACAGCUUAUGUUGUCGCAGCAGCCUUUGGAUUGAUAGCUGUAUAUUUCGCCAAUAAGGUAGUAUUUGACAAAAGCGAUAUGGUGAAAACAACUCCUUUGUAAGAGGAACAUCAAAAAUGACUUAAGUAGAACUUUAGGCAAAACUUUUUUCCCCAUUUUGGACAGAGUUUUUU